UCUGCUCUCUUCAAUUUUCAAUCUCUGCUUCUGGUCAUUCUCCUGGUAAUUUGUACAUGCACGUAUGUACGUGCCGUAGCACCGCGUUUGGUUGAUAGAAAUAAAGAAGGGUUUCUGGGUCUUUUCUUUAUGGGUGCUAGAAUAGGAGAACGAUUGUCACCAUAUGUGGCACUGGCUUGCAUUUCGAUGGCUGUAACAAUACUCAUGCAAUGA